AUUUAUAGAAAAUGAAUGUGGACAUGUCAUUUUGGGGCCGGUGUGUAAACUACAGCGUCAUUUCUAAAUUUCCUUAAAGUUAGUCGUUGCGGAUGCCGGCGCGCGUCUUACAUUCCCCGUUAAUUGCAAUUUACAUUCCUUGGUUUUCUUGUGUUUCGUCUGGCCAUGCGCUCGUCUUUUUAGUUCAUUUCAGUGUUAGCUGUGUAGCGGUAGGUUCUUAUUCUUUGGUUGUUAGUCGUUUUAAGUUCUUAUCUAACCGUUUUAUUUUCUAUUUGAAUAAGCCUCAUAGCGUGCCAACUGUGUGGCUUCAGUAUUUAAAAAACUCUUGCUGCAACAAAUAUUCCGUUCGUGUGUUGGAUUUUCGUGCUGCUGCGGUGCCAUAAUUUAUGUUCGCCCUACAGCUGCUUUCUAGAGUGCGUGCAUGGGAAUAAAUGUUUUGGCGUGUUAUUUUAAUUUGAGGCUUUGGCUUGAUGUAACUGCUUGUCGGUUACAUUAUUAGUGGGACCAUAUUUUAGUUCGACCAACUUUGUAUUUUACGAAAUGUUUUGCGCCAAUUUUUUUGUCCCGCGAGUUCUUUGACAAGCUGUUAUAAUAGCUGAAAAAGCAUCGAAUAAGAGAUAUUGAAAGUUUUUUAAAAUGAAGAGAAGACGCAACUUCGAUAACUGUAGGUCACCGUCACCAGAAAGUCGACGCCGCCAGCCAACGACAAAUACGUAUCAAAUCACUCCAACUACUCUGUCGUCUAAAUCUCUGAAAGAUUUUCGGAAGGCGAAAUCGGAGCUUCGUGUUUCACCUCGAUCACCAAACGAGGAUGGAAAAGAAAAUACUUCGCCCGAAGCCCAAUGGAAUAAAACUUUAAACAAACAUUCAUUCUAUGGAUCGCAACAAAGUCCCUCCCAUGAGAUGAAUAAUAAUCCACCAACAAUCACUCCGAACAAAUAUCGAACCUUAACUCCGGUCAAACCAUCAAGUGUUCGACGUUCGUUGUCGUUGGGAAACCCCAAACCUGAAGUUGUUGACACAAAAAAACCAACGUCCAGUUUCAACGAUGGCAACAACAACAAUGAGUCGGCAAAGGAAUUCGUUAAACCACUUGGUGACUCGGGAAAUUUAUUAUCCACGAAUCAUUAUGGAGGAUUCCAAAACCUUGGCAACACAUGUUAUAUGAACUCCGUUCUUCAAUCAUUGUUCCGAAUUCCCCCGUUCCAACAUGAUCUACUUUACGUGAAGGGGAAACUUAAUUCAAGACUUUAUCAAGAUUCACUGUUGGUAUCGAUGGUGAAUCUGAUGAAACAUUCGGGAAACUCUUGCCUGGAGAAAGGGGUUUUGCUUCGUAAGUUCAAACGAGCUAUUUCUUCAAACGCUUUACAAUUCAAUGGUUAUGCUCAACAUGAUGCUCAUGAAUUUCUCCGCUUGUGUCUCGAUGUUGUACAAGCCAAUGUAACGCAGGCAAACAAGGAGAUGAUGGAAGUCGUUGAUUGCCCCGUUGUUUCAAACUUCUCGUUUAAAGUCAAACAACAAGUUACAUGCGUGAGAUGCAAAUCUUCCUCGAACACAGAGGAAGAAUUCCUUGAUCUUCCCAUUGAUCUUCAACACAGGGAAAACAACAACUCGGUGAUGAGUUUACAAAACCUCGUCGAUCUUUCGUUUGGUUUAGAGGAAGUUGAACACAAAUGUGAUAAAUGCGGCCACGAUAAAGCUAAUGUGGGGAGGAAGAUAUCAAAGUUACCAAGAGUCAUGAUGAUGUAUUUGAAGAGAUAUUCGUACAAUCAUACUUCGGAUGUAAGUGAGAAAUUACGGGAACGCGUUCAUUUACCUUCAUUCAUAUCGUUUGGACAUCUAUGUUGUAGUGAUGUCACAGUAACUGUGCCGCAGAAGUAUAAAGACAUUAAUGACAUCAUAAACGGGAACAAUGAUUCUGUUGAAAUGAUGGGACACACUAACAACAACAACAACAACAACAACAAUAAUAACGAGCCAGAGAAGUUAUUAACUUUUAAUUACGAAGAUAGCGAAUGCAAUAACAACAACAACACCCCCGGUGGUGAAAUGAUCGGGGACGAAGAGGAACGGGAAAAGUUUGAGUUGGAGAGAGCGAUUCAACUUAGUCGAGACCAAUAUUUUAACGAACAUAAGACAGAUGAAGAUGUUUCAACAAAACUAACAGAGGACCAGCAGAUGAUCUUAGCCAUGCAGUUAUCAAUGCAAGAGUCGUUCGAUGACAAUGACAGCCAGGAAGAUAUGGCUGAUCUAACUUGUAGCAAUGAAAGUGACUUGAUUGGCCAGAGUAACUGUAAAGGGGAACUCCCUCAUUCCUACCACGUGGUAAGCAUUGUGAGUCAUAAAGGAGGAUCAUCUAAAUCUGGUCAUUAUGUUAGCGACGUACUCAACCCAUCUGGUGAUUGGAAAUGUUAUAACGAUGAAUUUGUUGAAACAAUUAAUGAGAAAGAUGUGUUGUUUGGUCGCCAGUCAUCUGCGUACCUCCUGUUCUAUGUUCACAAGGAUGUGUUUUGUUCAACCAUGAAUUCCCACCUCGUAUCAUAAGUAUUCUGCCACAAAAUAUUUUAUUACAUUUCUUUUUUAAUUUUCCCUUUUUCCUUCUCUUGGUGACCUGAACAGUAUUCUCUCCCCAACAAAAUGCUCCGUCCUUUACUUUUGCUUACAAUGAAUUUACCUUGAGCAUUUAAAUCAUGUAUUCAACUACGAUACAUCAAUGCUUCUCAACUUUGUAUGUGGAAACCAUAAAAUUAAGUUAAACCAAUAGCAAUGCUAUAGUCAUGUAUAAGCCACUGGUAUAUUACAAACCAAAUCUAACAGGUUUAGUAUAUCAAUAUGUUGGUUCAUUUAAACUUUUCAAAACAUCACAACUUUUUGUAAGCAUACAAUAAAAUAAUUUAACUUUUACAAUAACGUUCAAAAGGUUUGUGAACCACUGUAGUAGGCGACCCAACCAAAUCAAAUGGUGACCCAGGGGUUGAGAAGCACUGCCCUACAUGAAUUAUGUUUUUAUUUUUACCGGUUGGUCAUUUCAUUGUGUUGUCAAAUUCUAGGUUUUAUUCCAACCCUCCAACUUUCUUAGCAAUAUUUAGAAAAGUCUUUCCCAAUAAAUUUUCCUUGUUUGUAA